GGCAGCAGACAGCCAGAUGUGUGAUGCUCGCACUUCAGCAGAGGGCCGAUGUCAUCAUAAACUUUUAGCCACCCUCGCUCCCGCGCAGCUGCCGCUGAGCCUCCCUCCUCAUAUACAGAUUUUUUUUUUCAUUGCUUUAAUCGUCGCCGGAGAAGACACCGCAGAUCCGGGGGCUGAAGUCACAACAAAUCCUGUUGAAUUGAGACAAGACGUCGAGACGCAGCUGUGGAAAGUGUCAAGCUGAGAGUGCGUCAGAGCUGGGAUGUUGGUGGAUGAGCGGGUCGCGCGACUGGAUCUCUGUUAUCAGCCCUAAAUAUUGAGGUAACAAAUUUGGGGGACGGCGGGCUGCUGCAACCUCACCUUGCCUUUCUCACCGCCAUCCUCUAGGCUUGUUCAUUGUGGAUCAUUUCAAAGCUCCAGCGGAAUAUUCCGAUUCGGCCAAUGUUUUUUAAACAUCAUCAUUUAAGAUGGCAACCAGGAGUGACCGCGGAGGAACCAGCAGGGCAUUUGGGCCGUGCAUGUCCUGGAUACAGAGACGCUGACCACCUGAUGAGAGCGUUCUGGGCUUGUUGACUCGGUGAUUUAUUAUGGUGAGCCGCAACUUUGCCACGCCGCUUCUGCGUAACCACGGGCUGGAUGUUUCAGUUAUGUCAUAAAUCGCGCGGUGAUGGGAUCGCCGAUCAUGUAAGGAUCCAGAACCGGGCCAUCGCAAUGGACCUGCUUGAGGUGCGUGACGUUCCCACGUGAGCAGCUGAUGCCUCUUGUUGCGACCGUGGAGCUGCAACUUUGAUCGUCUGGCUGAGCAGAACCGCGUACAGACUUUCAGAUGGAGUUUGCCAUGGUGGGAGCGGACGGGUGCAACAGCCACCUGCCGUAUGGUUACGCACAAGCCCGCGCCCGGGAGAGGGAGCGGGAGCGGGAGCGCCAGUCUCGUGCGGUGGCGGCGGAGAGCGCAGAGGGAGGCGUCGUCGGAGGCUCGUCCACCUCUUCAUCCAGCCUUAACAGCCGGCAGCAUCAGCCUCGAACCGCCUCCUCCUCCUCCUCCGGCGCCAACAUCAGCAGCGGCACCGCUUGGCGCCCCACCUCCUCUUCCUCCUCCUCCUCCGCCUCCUCCGCUUCCUCACAGCCGCCACUGGAGCCGGAGCAGCAGCACAGACUCCUCAGAGAGCGGAGGAAGCAGCGCGGCGUCGGGCGCUGGAGACGCAGCAGCAGGUCGACCCUCGGCGGGGAGCUGCGCCACUCGGAGCUGGCUCUGCUCGGAUCUGAGGAGGACAUCAUGAUAGAGGAAGAGGAGGAGGCGGAGGGGGGCGACGAAGAGGAGGAGGAGGAGGAGGAGGAGGAGGAAGACGAGCAGAGUAAAAGGUCUAGCUUUUUGUGCACCAUGGAUGAUGGGGAGGAGACGGCGUCCAUCACGGACCGGCGGCCGCGCUCCGGCUACGAGAACGUCUACAGCGAGUGCGGCUGCUGCGAGAGAGUGGUCAUCAACGUGUCCGGACUGAAGUUUGAAACUCAACUCAAAACUCUCACGCAGUUCCCGGACACUCUGCUGGGAGACCCGGAUAAGAGAAUCAGGUACUUUGACCCGCUGCGGAACGAAUACUUCUUCGAUCGGAACCGGCCCAGCUUUGACGCCAUUCUUUACUACUACCAGUCCGGCGGGCGCUUGAAAAGACCCGUCAACGUCCCGUUUGACAUCUUCUCCGAGGAGGUCAAGUUUUAUGAGCUCGGGGAGGAGGCCAUUCUGAAGUUCAGAGAGGAUGAGGGCUUCGUGAAGGAGGAGGAGAAAGCGCUACCUGAAGACGAGUUCAAGCGACAAAUCUGGCUGCUCUUCGAGUACCCAGAGAGCUCCAGUCCCGCCAGGGGCAUCGCCGUGGUCUCGGUCCUGGUGAUAGUCAUCUCCAUUGUGAUCUUCUGUCUGGAGACGCUGCCGGAGUUCAGGGAUGAGAAGGAAUAUCUCCAGCCGAGGCACAACUCCUCGCUGCCCGACCACGGGUUCACCCCCUUCAACGACCCCUUCUUCAUCGUAGAGACGGUCUGCAUCAUCUGGUUCUCCUUUGAGAUCAUAGUCCGCUUCUUUGCGAGUCCCAGUAAGACUGCUUUCUUCAAAAAUAUCAUGAACACAAUAGACAUCGUCUCCAUCUUGCCUUACUUCAUCACUCUUGGCACGGACCUGGCGCAGCACCAAGGCAACGGUCAGCAGGCCAUGAGCUUCGCCAUCCUCAGAAUAAUCCGCCUGGUUAGAGUGUUUCGCAUCUUCAAACUGUCUCGACACUCCAAGGGACUGCAGAUCCUGGGGCACACCCUGCGAGCCAGCAUGCGGGAGUUGGCCCUUCUCAUCUUCUUCCUGGUCAUCGGGGUCAUCCUCUUCUCCAGCGCCGUCUAUUUCGCGGAGGCGGACGAACCAUCUUCCCAGUUCACCAGCAUCCCAGACGCGUUUUGGUGGGCCGUGGUCACCAUGACGACGGUGGGAUACGGAGACAUGAAGCCCAUCACAGUCGGGGGGAAGAUAGUGGGCUCUCUCUGCGCCAUUGCGGGUGUGCUGACCAUCGCGCUGCCGGUGCCGGUCAUCGUGUCCAACUUCAACUACUUCUACCACCGAGAGACGGACAACGAAGACCAGGCGCCGGUGGUGGAGAGCAUGCCACCCGGUUGCCCUUAUUUCCCGGACUUUUUAAGGAAAUUUAAAGGCUCUGGCUCCGGGUCGUCGCUCGGUGACAAAGGGGAGUACAUGGAGAUGGAGGAGGGAGUAACGGAAUCUCUGUGUGGGCUUGAUAAAAGUCCCAGUAAAGGAAAUGGCACAGACAUAAGCAGGAGAAACAGUACAAUCUCGAAAUCGAUCCAGACAGACGUGUGAUUUCAAGCUUCUAAAAAGUCCCAAUGUAUUCCAAACAGGUGGUCACCCCUUGAAAACAUGUCAAGCACGAAUCAGAGCCCCCCACACGAAACGUUUUUCUCCCCCAUGUCCCAGUAAGAUCAACCCGAUAACCCCCUUAAACCUAUAUAUUGCAAAAUAUAUCUGACAUUUAUAAACGACAAGUUUUAGAGUUAAUCAGUGGUCACCAGCUUAGAAUCCUUUCUAGUUGAGCUUGGACAAGCGAACAGAGUAAACUUGAACCUCACUUAUUUUCUCAUGAACAAGACAUUUUUUUCCCUUGAAAACAUUGAGAUCUUAAAGUAUAUUAUUAUUUGAGAAGAUUUAUAUCAGAGUGAACAGAUUCAAGAUUAUUCACAAAACAUCAAUUGUUGAAACAAGUACCAUUUAAAAGUAUUUGUCUACGACAAAUAUGGUGAUAUCUUUAUCUGUGGUUUAUAUUUCUGAUGUCAUUCUUCAGGUGGUUCACAGCCUCAUAGAUGAUGGUGGUGACCACUGAUUCAAAUGGUAGAAAAGACAGACGAAGCAUUUGCACUUUAUGAGUUUCAUCUGACAAUAAGAGGAACAAUAAGAGUGGCUGUCAGGCAUUGCAACUGAUGUGUUUGCACUAAUGUAAAUUUAUCUCUCGACUUUUAUUAUCGUAGCAAUGGAGGGUCUCCACACGUUGGCUAUUAAUGAAGUCAUUUGGCCAAUUAAUAAGAUCUAUAGACACUUCCCGUUUGAAGAAGCUGCUAGUGCGAUUGGAUGCCAAUAACGUGAAGUCGGAUUUCUGUUUUUUUUCCUCCCAUAAUGCAGAGCACUUGUCAUACCAUGAACCAGGGCUAGUAUCAUUUCUGUUCCCACCAUGAGAGCUAAAGCACACGAACCAUAUAGUUUAACAUGGCAGGAUGUAUAUCACAGCCCCAUAAACCGACAGGCUCUUACUCUGUUUACUGAUUCCACGUCAAUUUAGCUCAAUAUCCCUUUACAUGGACGGAAACUUAAGCAAAAAUGACUCUGUUAUAGAAACACUUCCUGUCUUGUCCGCUGGACUUGAUGCACAAAAGUUUUUCUUUUUUUUUUUUUUUUUUUUUUCUCAAGAGGACUACAAUCAUCUCCAAGCUCAGAGGUUCAACGGAUUGCAGAAGUCUUCCAAGCUCUGCCAGUUACAGGGACAAGGGGAACCCCACAUCUCUGGGAAUUGCAGAGACCAAGCGAAACAUUGUGACUGAUCAACUCGGGAGGGCGCGCAGCGAAAAGCAACAACGACCGGAUGGAACACGGAAAGCGGAGAAAAGGGUCAGUCAAUAAUUGACGCGGGAGUUGGAGCAUGAGUCCGUCGUGGCCCAGAAUGAUUGCCUUAAUAACACACAUAUACAGAUGUAUUCGUGAUGAGACUUACACCAGAGGAUUUCUUUACAUGUGAAAAUUAAGUGUCUUGUGAGGAACAGAUGUGAAUAUUUUACUAUGAUAGAGAGUAUCGUGAUGUCGACAUAAUGUUUUCGUCGGGUCGGCUUCUUAGGUGUCAGCAGCAGUUUUUAUCUUUUCAUAUCCAACAAGGCUGAUGCUGAAAUCCUCAGUCAGAAAGGGUUUAAAGAGCUGCGAAGGAGCGAUGAUGGAGUGGUUCAGUUGCACCAUUAACCGCCACCAACACUAAAGAUGUCAGGCUCAUUAACGCCAUCGCCGCUGAUAUUUACCACGGACAGAAGCUGAUCCUCCUCAACGCCCCGAAAUUUGUAACAACCUGACACCUUAGGUUACUUCUUCUCAGAUGCAAAGUCGAAGGUGACCAGCUGCUCUGUUAUGUUUGUCACUCACUGUAUGCAAAGUCACAUGGACGUGUGUUCUCUAUUUUUUUAAACCUAGCCUUGAUAAUUACAUAACCAAAGGUGAAACCCUUAACUUAUUGUAUGUUGUGGAAUUCUGGAAACUGUCGUCAUAUAAAUGCACACCGAGUAGACAAGCUGUAUAUAUAUACCAGACGUUUAUACUUGUGUGUCCUACAAUGUAGACUUUUUUUGACUGUUAUGACUGUCAGUCACGAGCGUCGGUGUUUGGUUUGUCCUGGCUUAUACACUCAUUCUCCUCACGUUGUUGUGGAUGCUGCUCUGACAUCUCUCAUUGUCCGCCUUGUUUCUUUCAAGAUGGUUUAUUAAAGACGGAACGUUAGGGCCUGUGUCCAUCCAUCUUUCUUCCGCUUCCUCUACUGCAGGGAAGUUACCAAACCUGAGUUGCAUUUAGAAUCAUAAAUGGAUUAUUCAUGGCCUCUCUAGUGGUCGGUGAUGUCCCGCACAUGGACCUCCAUCAAGGUUUGAAUAGCUUUUUGUCUACAAUGUUGCCAUGUCAACACCUUCUGUGAACACGGGCAAACAUGAAGAUGCAAUAGAGUAUUUGGGUGAGUUAGGAUGCAGUUUCAAACUGUAUUUAAUAAAAUCUAGAAAGCGCAUCAUGGCCACUGCGACUAGUACACAUCCUCCUGUCACAUAUUACUGUCUUAAUAUACACUUAUUGCUUCCCCUUUUCCAAACUCUGUUUUUAAAGUUAUGAAGUUCUGUUGUGCCGCCUGCGGGUGGUAGGAUGCCCUCUGAAGGAAAUAUUCUCAGGUGUGUUUGUGGGAUCACCACGGGUCUUAUUAAUGCUGAGCAAGGCUGUGUCAGGUAGAUUAUUCGGGACAGGUAUAAUGUGAAUGCAUGGCUGCCUUUGUCCGUUUCCUCCUCUCGUAUAAAGAAGGAGCCUGGCAGUGCUAAAGACAUGCCUUACUUAGUUAAGGUGCUACAGAAGCCUGACACACGUACAAUGCAGACUUGCUCGUGAAAACAUGGUGAUGAGAAUCGGCAUUCAUUCGGUCAUUGUAAUGUCAAGUCAAACUCAAUGUCCAUGUCACUUACGUGGCACCGGAGUCAGUGAAACGUGGCAUUAAAAAUGUUCAUUGACCAAACAAUCGAUCACAGUCCAGGUUUAAAUAUCAAGGCCCAAAUACUCUACUGCUUUCUUUUCGGACCUGCAAUGUUUUCAUUCGUCUGUGUCAUGCUGUGCCUCAUUUCAGCUGUGAUGGCACUUAAGAAGCUUGAACUUAAAGUCCUCCAUCUCUGUGUCUUGUCCUCUGCUCCUUUAGAAAUCCCAAAGUGCACAAAGGUUCUCCCCAAAACUGUAUCUGUAAUUACCUCAAGAGUAGUGUCCAUUAGGAUUAAAAAAAAAAAAAAAAGAGGUUUGCUGAAUGUUCCAGUUAUCUUCUUAGAGUCAGGAUACGCCGUAACUACUACGAGAUAGAGACAGUAGUUUGAUAAUUGAUGUCAGUAGUUUGUUUUGUGUGUGUUUUUCUUUGUUCAUUUUGGUGGAAUUGAUGCCAAGGCAGAUUUGAGUUUUAAUUUACUCUUCAUGGGAAAGUGAAAGGACAUUAUAAGGCACAUGCGAUCACUACUGUGGAGAAAUGUGAUUCUGCUUCAAUAGUAUUUGAUUGAAAUGAUUCCAUCUAUUCUAAAAACUAGGUCAUGCAUUCGCUGUUGUCAAUGUGGAAUAUUUCUUCACACAUUAACACAUAUCUAAAUAAUUAAAAAUAUGAAAAUAUAUAUAUAAAUAUGAGGGAAAGAGACAGUUAUUAAUUUGUGUAAACAAUUCAUCAUACAAGUUUGGAGGAUGAAGAUUGACGUGUCUGUAGCGGAGCCUCAUUCAAAGGAGGCGGGGGUCAUUUCUUUAAAGUGAGACUGAUAUUCGUGAUGGUGAUGUGUGUCAUGCAUGGAAUAACAUCUUACAAAUGUGAACUCUUAACAAGCACAGUAUUUUUGGCUAACAGCUACACUUGACUCAAGGUCUUUUCCCAAACAAGAUGUGGGUUGCCCCCAAUAUAGUUGCACCCACCUGAAGUGGCAGCCUCUCGACAGUAUUGUUCCGGUCUCACGGGUCCAACAUGUUAUUUAAGCUGUUACUGAAGGAAAAAUUUAAUUCAUCCAUGUUCGCGAAGAAAGCAAAGCACCUUGUGACCAGAGGAAAGCACAGCAAGUUAAACCAUGACUAGAAAAAAAAAAGACAUUUUCAAGGGAAUGGCAGCCGAUGAGUCUCACACACACACCAACACACUCAGCUAAUGUUUGCAUGAUUGUUGGGGAUCAAUGGCAAAAAAAAAUAAUUUACCAGGUGUUGGUAGGGAAGAUAGUGUUUUUUAAUAACAGAAACUACAAUUGGACGCAACUUAUGACCGAUCUAAAAACAUCCCAAAAGCGAUCAACAUGAACAACAGCUUUGAAUGCACUGUAAUGAUUUAAAACUAGCUCAACUUAAACAUGCCACUGAGGAUGUCGUGUCAUUGUGAUGUGAUGUUUCAGACAAUCUAAAUACACAGCCCAAAACCCAAAUUUUAGCUUUUAAAUCUCGAUGUUACUUCAAACAUUGCAUGAGCAAGAUAGUGUGAAACCAAACAAUAAAAUAUAUAUUACAAAAUACCUUAAUCUUACAGUACUGUCUGAAGCCAAUCAAAUCUGGAAUAAACAGAAAUAUUGAAAGAAACAUGCAGCUUCUCUUCUAUCAUAUAGGUUCUUAACUGAUCUACUGUUGUGCAUGCACUCAAUCUUUCCAAUCUUUUACCACUGGGGUUACGUUAGGAUCCAAAACACACCUUAGACUUUCCGAGUAAAGAGAAAGAGAAAAGUCAGUGGUUGCUUCUAACUUCACCCAUAUGAAAACACGAGCCAUGCUAAAUGCUAACCAAAUAGCACUGCACAACGGAAAGAUUGAGUGCUUGCAAAAGACCAGUGGGAUCUAUCAAUUCCUCUACAGUAAGGUGAGAACAUGUUUCUUCAUGGAAAAUUCCAGUUUCAGGAAUCCAAACUUUUUCUGAUGCAUUGUUGCUAUUGUUUUUGCUUGGUUUGAAUUUUUCAAACGAACAAUUCAAUUCACAAACAAAUUGGCAAUUAAAAUGUGUAAGUUUAUUGUAAAUCAACUUUUAAAAGUUGAGACGAUGAAUCAGGUGGAUGAAGUGGAAACUGAAAAAAAAAUCACACAAAAUGAAUACAAGUCAAGUCAAUGAAUCGGUCAAGUUCAAAUACCCUUUGAAGAGACUCGUGCUCAUGGUUGAUAGAUAAAAUGUUGUUCAGGGCGCUGAACAAUGCUACUCAGACAUUGGUUAGAUGGCAGUUAUGCCAAUGAAAAUGUCACGUUUCAGUUACACACACAGGUCACCUUCAUGCACACGCUUAUAGCAAAAAUGGGCUCCUCUAGUUGUUCCAACUGAAUGGCCGUUUUCCUUGAGUCAUACCUGAUAAACAGUGAUCCCAAAGUCAAAGCACCUGCAGUCACAGGUGUGACCUCGCGCCGUCGAUGCAGCGAUAUGAGGAGAAAGGCUGUGAGUGGCAACAUUUGACAACACCCAGAACAAGGUGAGAGGGAGAGAUUUUUAAUUAUAUCCACCUCUGGGGCUGCGUUUACAAAAUUUCACCCAGAGGAGGAAGACAGUGUGAGGAAUUGCUGAUUGCACUUGGAGGCACGCAGCCAAAAAAUAGAAAGUUUAAUUUAUAAAGGCGCUCUCAGCAUAACGGGAAACUCCAAAUUGAUUUUAGAUCACGAGUUGCUCUCGGGGAGUUCACUUUUUAAGGGAAAAGCUUUUCUUGUUAGAAUGAAAACAGUCAAAAAUCAAGUGAGUCAUGCUGUCGUGACUGAAAAGAUAUUAAAAACAAUAACAGAACCCACCCAGAAGAAGGAAGUGGAAUGCGUGAUAAGAAAUUGUUUUUCAUAUUUUGGCAUUUAUGUUUAGAUUUGAACUGCUUGGCCCUCCUUUUGAUUUAUUGGAACAUGUUUAUGAGGUGAAAACAAACAAACAAACAAACAAAAACAAGGAAGUCAAUUUCUCAGGAAAUGUGAAUCGCUGAAUCUAGAGUCCUCGAUGUUGAAGUAAAGUCAUAGGAUGUUUUAUUUAAAACCUUGACCUUGAGGCUGACAGAUGGAGGUCGGUCAUGAGUGUGAAGCAAUUGUGUGUUGAUGUGUUUAAUAAAAAAAAGGAAUGCUAAAUUCAAGCUGUAUUGUGAUUGGACAAAAGAAAGUUUGAAUUUUUCACACAUGUAUUUAGAACGAAAACAUCUUUCAGUUACCAGCCACCUUUAUGAGUUGCUAGAUAACUGAAACAAAUGGAUCUCAGACAUGAAAAUAUAUAGAAUGUGUGGUUAUUUAGUCAUCGAAAACAUGUUCUGGAAUUGAACGGCUAAUCUUUGUUUGCAUUAUGUUUUGAGUAUGUAGCAAUAUCUGACACUAAAUGCAGUUUUUCAGUUGAUAUGUGACUCACUAUAACUCCAGACCCCUUUAAAAUACUCAACUCAUCGAGUAUAUUGAGUGUUCAAAGGUUGACUGUGUGUGAAGAUAAAGCAAUAUUGUGAAACAGAACUCACAAUUAUUAUAAAGGAUUAAAAAUAUAUAUAUUUAUAUUCUGUUUGAGAGUGCAGAGUGAACCCAAAGUCAAGUCUGGAAACAUCAAGAAUGACCUUGGAAUCGGAUCAAAAUGUGAGGCAGAGAUUGCUAGCGCUGCCGAAAGACGACACAAAUCUAAAGACAUGUCAUGUACUAAAUAUGGUAAAACAAAUAUAAACACCUCAGUUGGGCUUUUCCCUCCAAUUGAACAUUGAAUUAAAGAGAGAACGCAAAUGUGCCAACAAGAAAUGUCCAGUCACACAAUAGCUAAUAUUAAAUCCAACUUCAACACUGCUAUACACACAAAAGUCUUGAGUCGAAAGCUGAACAUAAUACCUCGCAAUAUAAUUAUUGUCACAUUGCUUUUACAUCUACAGUCUACAUCACUGUAAACCUUCUUUUUAAUGACCCAAAUUGACGUGAGCAGAGGUAAGUGAAGACUUUCUCACGAUGUUGGAACUAAGUAACAAAUUGUUUAUAAGAAGAAGCGGUUCUAUCAUAAGCACCAAACAGCCUGAAAACUGAAGUCUGUUUAGAACAGGGUGUUUGUCAGCCACUUGAAUCCCACUUCCAUCUGCUGCUCUGGAGAAUCAUCCUUGAUGUCUCUCAUGUCACUGUUGAACUGUCCAUUUGCCUUUCCACCAACUGCAGAGAUUGAGCUCCUCACUGACCUUGAAACAUUGACUGAACAUGUAAAAUAUACUGGGUGUCGAGAAAUGUGGGUUUUCGCCAGUCUUGCUUUUACUCUGCAUGACGCUUUGUUUUGAGAAUAAUGCAUCCUAACUGAAGGUAUGUUUGUACUCGUUCCCUGAGGGUGCUCCCCCUUUCUUCUCGACCUAUCUCUUUAAAACGUGUCACUUUGGUUCUGAAGCCUUCUUUUAUGUUUGUUACUUCUAUGUUUAAUUUCCCUUCCGUAAACCCUGCAAACCCUGGAUUUUCUACAUUCAUACCAUUUUGUAGACAGCAAUAUGAGAUGUGAUUGGAAAUGGAAUAUGUGCAAUGUUGAUUAAAGAAAAAGUAUAAUAUAUUCAAUAAAAAUACUGAAAAUAUGGCUUUUGUCUUUUUUUUUUUGAUGACGCGAGACUGAAUACACAAUGUUGUUAUGUACCUGAAGAUUCAAUCUUUGAUAUGUUUCAUUUAUUUAUUCCAGUGAGACCAGUGGAGAGAGUUUGGGAUUCCUCCCUCACCACAAACCUUGGGUUCGCAGAAGUAUGAAGCCGUCUGGUUACACUUUUUUAGUCAUCUGUCUCGCAAACUCAGCCCGCUAGGUCCAGACUGAGAUGCUAAUUUAUGAGCCUCCGGAGAGGCUGCAAUGCCACUCCAUUUCACAAAGUAUGUGACCAAGCCCUGGGAGCUGUCCAGUGGAACCGACUGCAGGAGCUUGAAGAGGCCGAUUAAUCUGAGUUCUGUGUUGAGCUCACAGCAGGUUUUAACACGGACACAGACAGAGCUGGUGAUUUAUCCGACCAACCACAGUCCACCCCAGAGCACACGCUAUGUUUACCGUCACAUUCCCGACACUUGCCAUGGUGGCAUAGCGCAGUCACCAGGUCAAGUCUGGCUGCCAAAACCAAAUGCUUCUUCAGAGUCAACACCAGAGCUUGAGGCUGGGACUGGAUGGAUACUUUGUGAAAAAUAACGCUGGAAUUGGGAGGGUCACCGAGGGAUCACAAACGUAGCCAGUGAAAUACAUGAAUGACUGUGUCAGGCAUGUUAGAGAUAAGAGGAACAUUGCAACAAAAGGCCCAUGGUUACCAUAACUCAUGUAGGAUUAGAGGUUAAAGGGCAACUAAUGUGCUCAACUUUCCUGAUUCAUGUGUUUCAUAUUUUGAAAUAUUCCUCUCUCUGAUGCCAGGACGUGCCUAUCAUGAUGAUGUUUCCCUUGAAGUUAUUGCGUCAUUACGUUCUCCUCUGUCUGAAAUCGAAGUAAACGGAAAGUUAAGCGGGAUGAACAAAGUGGACCAACUCACCCUGAAUUUAGGAGGUGGAGUUGAUGCAGCUCAAUUUCUCCAGUACGACCUGUUUGCAACGUGCUUUCUCUCUACUAUUCUAUCUACUAUCAAUAAAGUUUAUACCCACCAUCAGUUUUCAAGUACAAAUUUCAGCCUGAGCUCUUUGUUUUCUGACGCUGUCUAUGUAGUGUUUAUGACAAGGGUCGUAAAGAAUGGACAGGCGCUCGACCUCCGUCAUGAAAGCCUCAUCAUCCAUGUAGUCAGAAGCGUUCCAAGAAGUCACUUCAUUCAGCUAUGAUGUACUGUUCACACUGUUCUUUCACAUUAAAGUGCUCCCAAUGUUUUAUUGUGAAAAUUUCCUGGAUCCAUGUCACUUUUCAUUGCAAUCCUCUACUCCAACUUGAAGCGUCAGGAAUAGAAAUAUGGCAUUUUUCAAACGAAGCCUGUGCUGUAAAUUGACAUCCUGAAAAUAGUUAAUUCUUUUACAAACCCCCCCUGUGUGUUCAAAUUUCGCUCCCAUAGUCAGACUAAGGUUUAGAGGGUUACCAUUCUGUUUCUCAUCUGCUAUGAAAAGGUGGUCGGUGAGUAAAACUGAAGAAGCAAAGCUGAAGAAAUGGAAAGAUGACUGCACCAACAAGCUGGGAAUUUUUAGUGUGCACAUGUAUUGCCACUCUUUCCUGACAAGCAUCGCUCCUGUCAACACAGUUGUGCGAUUUACCGCUGUUUGUGCUUCAGUGUCCUGCCCCUCAGGUUGUGACAUCUACUCUUACUCAUCUCUUCCCAUUUUUCUGGCGCUUCCAAGUGACUACUUUCUGUCUGUCUGGCAUGUUGUUUAAAAGCAUGACCGUCUCAGGCAGUGAGUCACAGGAUACACUUUCGGCCUCACACACUAGCCAGACCUCAAGAAAAAAAUGUAAUAAAUAUUAAUGAAUGAGUAAAUGAAGCACUACAUUGUGUUU